AUGGGGUUGACUCUGCAAAGCAUGCUGUGUUCAGACGAGUUCUCUCCAUCUCUGGUUGUAGCAAUUCGUUUGAACACUGUUUCGUUAGAGCCUACUGAAGCUCAGAAGAGGGAGGCUUUUAAGAAUCAGCUCCUGGCAGCUGGUGGAGGUCUUCCUGUUGCAGAUAAUGAUGGGGAGGCUACUUCAAAGCGUCCCAUUUAUGCCAACAAGAAAAAAUCAUCUCGGCAGAAAGGCAAUGACACUUCUAUUCACGUGGUAGAUGAGGUAGAGCCAAAAGAGAACCCUGCAGGUGAACCAGAUCCCUUACGUGAAGUGGGUUCAGCAGAUACUGAAAAGGUUGAUUUAAUAGAGUCAGCAAACACAGACGAGAAAUCAGAACCUGCUGAUGUAGCUCAGGAGAAUGAGAAUGGGGUUGAGGAAGAUGAUGAAGAAGAUGAGUGGGAUGCAAAAAGCUGGGAUACUGUUGAUCUUAACCUUAAAGGUGAUUUUGAUGAUGAAGAUGAAGAAGCUCAGCCUGUGGUUAAGAAAGAAUUAAAGGAUGCUGUGUCAAAGGCACAUGAUUCAGACCCUGAAGCUGAAAAACCAGCAGGUAUGGGCAAGCCAACAACAGCUGCUGUAAAAGCUGUGCAUGAAGUGGAAGAUGCUACACAGACAAAACGAGCUACUCGAGCAAAAGAGGUCUCUAAGAAGGGUAAAGGUGUAGCUCCGAGUGAAUCUAUAGAGGGUGAGGAAAAUCUGCGGUCUCCCAUUUGCUGCAUCAUGGGUCAUGUCGAUAGUGGUAAAACAAAGCUGUUGGAUUGCAUCAGAGGAACAAAUGUACAGGAAGGCGAGGCUGGAGGUAUUACUCAGCAGAUUGGUGCAACAUAUUUCCCUGCGGAAAACAUCCGAGAGAGGACCAGGGAACUGAAAGCUGAUGCAAGACUCAAAGUGCCAGGUCUAUUGGUUAUUGAUACACCUGGCCACGAGUCCUUCACGAAUCUGCGGUCAAGAGGUUCAAGUUUGUGUGACCUUGCAAUUUUGGUGGUUGAUAUAAAGGCUGGGUUACAGCCACAGACCAUAGAAUCGCUAAAUCUUUUGAGAAUGAGGAAUACAGAGUUCAUUAUUGCAUUGAAUAAGGUGGAUAGGCUAUAUGGAUGGCAAACAUGCAAGAAUGCUCCCAUCGUGAAAUCACUGAAGCAACAACCUAAAGAUGUUAUAAGUGAAUUUAACGUGGAACUGAAAAAGGUUAAAAACCAGUUCCAGGAGCAAGGACUCAACACUGAGCUUUAUUACAAGAAUAAAGAAAUGGGAGAAACUUUCAGUAUUGUUCCUACUAGUGCUGUUAGUGGGGAAGGGGUCCCAGAUCUCUUGCUGUUGUUGGUUCAAUGGGCUCAGAAAACAAUGGUUGAGAAACUUACAUAUGUCGACGAAGUGCAGUGUACUGUCCUGGAGGUCAAAGUUAUUGAAGGCCAUGGAACAACGAUUGAUGUUGUGUUGGUAAACGGUGAGCUCCAUGAAGGUGAUAAAAUCGUCGUUUGUGGGCUACAGGGACCUAUUGUCACAACGAUUAGAGCAUUACUGACUCCUCAUCCAAUGAAGGAGUUACGGGUGAAGGGUACUUAUCUGCAUUACAAAGAAAUAAAGGCUGCACAGGGUAUCAAGAUUACUGCCCAGGGCCUUGAACACGCAAUUGCUGGUACUGCCCUGCAUGUGGUUGGACCUGAUGAUGACUUGGAGGCAAUUAAGGAGUCGGUUAUGGAAGAUAUGGAGUCAGUUAUGAGCAGAAUUGAAAAAAGUGGUGAAGGAGUUUAUGUACAAGCGUCUACACUAGGGUCAUUAGAAGCAUUGCUUGAAUUCUUGAAGUCCCCAGCUGUAAAGAUACCAGUCAGUGGUAUUGGCAUAGGGCCUGUGCAUAAGAAGGAUAUAAUGAAGGCGGGAGUUAUGCUCGAGAGGAAAAAGGAAUAUGCUACGAUUUUGGCUUUUGACGUUAAAGUGACUACAGAGGCUCGUGAACUUGCUGAGGAUAUGGGAGUUAAAAUUUUUUGCGCUGAUAUCAUCUAUCAUCUAUUCGAUCUAUUUAAGGGUUACAUUGAAAAUAUCAAAGAGGAGAAAAAGAAGGAAUCAGCCGAGGAAGCAGUCUUCCCUUGUGUCCUUAAGAUUUUACCUAACUGUGUGUUCAAUAAGAAAGACCCAAUAGUCCUUGGAGUUGAUGUCGUCGAGGGUAUACUUAAGAUUGGGACCCCCAUUUGUGUCCCAGGCAGAGAGUUCAUAGAUAUUGGCCGCAUUGCAUCUAUUGAGAACAACCACAAGCCUGUUGACUAUGCAAAGAAGGGCCACAAGGUGGCGAUAAAGAUUGUUGGUUCGAAUGCGGAAGAGCAGAAGAUGUUUGGAAGGCACUUUGACAUGGAAGAUGAACUUGUGAGUCACAUUUCGAGGAGAUCUAUUGACAUACUCAAAGAUGAUUAUCGGGAUGAAUUAGACUUCGAUGAGUGGAAGCUAGUUGUGAAACUGAAGAACAUCUUCAAGAUACAGUAGAUUCCCUGAACAUUCAAAUGUAUACUCUUGAGCUUCAAACACUCACACGCCUUGUUAUGCCGUGUCUGCGUCGAUGCAGAACAAACAAAUUCAUCUUCCUGCUUCUAACCGAAGCAUUCACAGAAGAUAGAGAUUAAAGAGAGACAAAAGCGUGUUUUGUUUUUGCUUUUUUUUGUUUUCUUUUCUUUUUUGGUCCUUUUCUCCCUGAGAAAUGCUGAAUAAUUGGUUCAUCAACCUUCAUGCUGACAAAAUUGCAGGGAAAGAAGAGCCUUUUGAGUCUUCGUGAUAUACAAAUAUCAUCAUCCUUAUAUGCCU